AGUGAGAACAUGAGUGGAAGCAGGACAGAAAUGUUCGCAGGGUUAACUGUAACACGACAGUUAAGACCACUUGGUUCCGAUGGCUUCCGCAGGAGAUGUUGGUUGCACAUGAGAGCCAGGUUCCCUACUCUCGAAGCGGUUCCCGAAAUAAAACGAGCUGUGGCACGUUUCUGCCAUAUCGAGGAAAGUGGCGUACACUCUGAUUGGGUGAGGGAGGUCCAGCUACGAUAUAAGAAAUAUGCUGUUGACAAGAAAUGCAAGAGGAAGGGGGCAGCAGUGAAGCAGAGAGCAGCAUCGGAUCAUCCCCCAGUUACUGCUGCUGGUACCCAGACAGAUCCACUGCACGCAUUGCACUGCAAGGAUUGUGUGACCAAUGCCAUGCGGCAUGUCCUGGACGAAAAGGCGGCGGAAAUUGCGGAGAUGAGGACCAAUCUCCUCCUCAGCUCCACCAAGCACCCUCUCCGACCCCAGCACCCGUCAGCAGUAUCCUGAUCAGAACCCCUGACCCCAUCCGCUCUCGCUCGCGAACUCCCUCCGUCAGUUCAAAUGGGCCAGGACCGUCCCGUUCCAGUCACGGUACACCAGUCUGUGCUGUGCAACCACGAUCACGGAUUAAUUCAGCAGCAUCCAGUAUCAGUGCGGACAACUGGGGGCCCGAAUCUGUCAUAGAAGCCAGAGUCCGCAUGGCUGCUGAGAGGAAAAAAAAAGGCCUCUCAAAAGAAGCUCACUGCGACUGAGAUUUUCCGACAGCGUUGGGGAGGUUCAGUUUAACUAUAAAACUUACUGUGGGAUACUGAAGGGAAAAGAAGCAGUUCUAACGAGCUCUUCUCAAACACAAGGAUAUAUCUUGUGAACUUGGCUGGUAUAUAUGAAACAUUUGACACGGAGUUGUAGAGUGAGCUAUGUGCCUCGCCAGGGCUAAAGUAGUGAAUGACCUUGCUGUACGGCAAGUUAAACAAGGACCACGUGCUGAGGUCGUUACUAGAUAAGUGCUUUGAAGAGGGAGCAACCUUUGAGGUGAAGGGUUCACAGGGAAAACCCCUCCUCAUCACCACUAUCAUUAAGCCGCACAAGGAAAUAAAAACUCCUGCUGACAGUGUUAAAAGGAAGCACACUCAUGUCUUCAAGGAUAUAGUAGAGAGCCAGGCUGAGUCAAGCUGUUCAAAAUCUAAUGACUCUGAUAUCGAAUCAGUGACCAAACGGAUCCGAACUGCGGAGUUAACAUCACUCUCUAAAGAGCAGCGGGAGUAUGUACAGGCGUUGGCUGGCGUUGACUGUAAGAAACGAAUUGAUGCUCUUCAUGUUGCUAUGUUCAAAGCUGAAUCUAACACGGGGACAGCCAAUGUACGAAACAACCUGCGGCCACUGCUAAAAAAAUAUGAUAUAAAAAUGGAAUCAGAGAAGGAACUCAAGUCAAUGGAAGAAUUAUACACCGUGAACUAUAUGAGUGCAAUGGUUUCUCUUUCCCAUAAAGCUGCAGCACAUGAUAAAAAUGAAACUAAAAGUGGUGAGCUGUUAGCAAGACGUACCCCAGUAGCCUACUGUGAUGGACAGGAACUGCUAACCAAAACACUUAUAACCUUGAAGAAUACCGGCCAGUUAGAUGUGGGAACUGACAAAACUAUACAUGUUAAGCUGUUUGUAGACGCAGACACGAGCUCCACUAAAGUGGCAGUCAAUGUGCUAAACCAGCCUUCGUGUAACAGCUCGUAUGCCCACCCAAUGCUGGUGUACACCGAAGCUCCGGACCAUCGCAGGAACAUGGAGGUCAUAUUUAAGGUGGUUAACCGGGACCUACCACAGCUCAAGAACUUUGUCUUCUGUGGAGCACAUGUGAAGAUGAUUCUCUGUGCAGACACAAAGGCACUGUGGGCUAUGCUGGGUAUGGGCAGCAAUGGGACGUUCCCCUGUCCACUGUGCGAGGUACAUAAAGACCUGAUGCAAGUACCCAGAAGCCAGAGAGCUCUCUGCAAGCCCCGAACUUUUGCGGGAAUUAUGCAGAACUUUGAUGCUAAUAUGAGAAUGACUCAGUGUAACCCGAGAUCCCAAGCCCAGUUUAUGAAUGUUGCUUCACGACCCAUCACAGACUGUUUCGGGGAGGAUUCUGAUUAUCUCAUAAACUGGGUCGCUGUUCCGUUCUUGCACAUAAACAUCAAAGUCGGGACUUUUCUGUGGACAGAGUACGGUAAACUGUGCGAGGAGAUAGACUUUGUACUCGCUUGCAAUGUGGCAGACGGGUUUCUUCCCAACAGCUACAGCAGUACGACAGACUUUGGAGCCAUGAUUCUGCGCAUCGAACAAGGUAACCGUGUGGCCUCGAAGUGCAACAGUGGGCCCCUUUCCUCGAAGUAUGAGCAAUAUUUGAGGGGCAUCAAUGUCACUCCUGAGGCAUACCAUGGUGUGUCCCUGACCGGCGUGAGAGCAGGAUAUUUGGUUAAAGCCAAUCACACUCAAUUUUGGACAGACCACUUCUAUAAAAACGAGAAGAUAAGACCACAGGACAAGCUGCACUUUCAGCAACGGCUCCUUGCACUGGAUCGCAUUAAGUCCUCGUAUAGAGAUCUCUUAGUUCUCGGUGGCAAAAGUGGGAAAGUGAAGAGUCCCCGUGAGAUCGAAACUCUUGUCAAGGCCAGGGACCUCUUCUUGGCAGAGUACCGAAAGUUUGGUCAGUCCACAUCGGUGAAGAUACAUCUCCUUGAAGACCACUUUUUGGAGCAGAUACAGCUCUGGGGGAUGUUUUCUGGAUCUUUCAAUGAGCAAGGUGGUGAGAGUACUCACUCCCUUUUUAAGAAUCACGAACACAUGACAAACCAUGUUCGUAAUGACGAAGACCGAGUUGUGAAAAAGUGCGAGCUAGCAACACGGAAAUACCUGUUGAAAGUGAAAUCCAAUCUGUGUGACUGAAAUGGGUCAAUCAUGAUGGAUUUAGUGUUUGGGACAAUCUGCUAUAUGCCUAAAAUUGAAAGAUUGUUAAUUUGGUGAUGCUUCACCCUCUGUUCAUAUUUUCUACUUGAUCAAUAAUGAUAUUCGCCACAUAUUAUGUAAAACGCCGCUUAUGUUUUGCCAUUAAAAUUUUU